AUGCCAACAGUUUUACGCUGUAAAUGUGUGAUUGUCGGAGAUUCUGCUGUUGGAAAGAGUUCCAUAGCCCAAGUAUUUCACAGUGAUGGAGCACACUUUCCUAAGAACUAUACAAUGACACAAGGUGUGGAAGUUCUUGUCAAGUCUGUGAACAUUCCUGAAACUCAAGACAGUGUGGAAAUUUAUAUCUAUGAUUCUGCCGGCAAAGACAUUUUCUCAGACCUUGUGAAGCAGUUUUGGGACCAUCCAUCAGUGGUGAUGGUGGUCUAUGACUGUACAAAUGAAGCAUCAUUGUCAAACUCCCUGACAUGGUUGGAGAAAGUCAGGGCACUGACACCAGACAUCCACAUACCAGGUGUUUUACUGGCUAACAAGACUGAUUUGGACAAGAGACGGGUGGUCACUCCAAAAGUGGGGAGAGAAACUGCACAGUCCAGCAAGCUAGAGUACUUUGAAUGUUCAGCUAAAGAGAUGCGCAACGUGGACACUCCAUUUUUCUUUCUAGCCAAUGAAUAUUACAAAUUGUACCAGGAGCGGAUAGAACUUUUCAGCUCACUCUCAUAG